AUGCUUCAUCGUACUGGUAGCAAACCUUACAGACAAAUUAUCUAUGAUUUGGGAGGCAAGGAUGGCAAUCCACCAGACAUUAGAACUAUAUUCUUUGAAACUCAUAAGAAGGGUGCAAAUUUGAUUGACUCUAAUGUUCAAGAGAAAUAUGAUCAAAUACGUGAUGUCAUCCAAUCCAACCCUUCUUUGUCUCAUAUGGAGGUUGUAGAACAAUGUUUUGAAACACGACAUCGUGAUCAAGUUAUUGGUUAUGGGGGUGGAAUAAAGGCAAAAGAAGUUAAGAAAUCUCAUUCCAACGUUGGCCUUCAAGAGGAGAAUCGAUUGCUUAAGGAUCGUUUGUCUGAAGCAAAGAUUCAGGACAAGGAGGGAAUCCCUCCAAACCAACAAAGGUUGAUCUUUGAUGGGAAGCAGCUGGAAGAUGGACGAACCCUGGCAGAUUACAAUAUUCAGAAGGAGUCCACUUUGCAUCUUGUCCUCCGCCUCCGUGGUGUGCAUGGCUGCAUUGUGGAUCUUUUGUGGAACUUUUGUCUUAGAUUUUACGACUUUGGAUUAGGAUUGAGAUAUUGCGAUAGCGUGAAGCUGGAUUAA